UUUCGCGCCUUAGGCGCAAUAUAACCAGUGGCAGGGGAGAGGGAUCUAGUUGCCGCGUCUCCCUCCGCCUCCCCCGGGAUCCACCGUAGACACGAUGGCAGAUGAGUUGGAGUCUAAAGUGCAGCAAGGAGCAAGUGAUGUAGAAGAAGAAGAAGAUGAUGACCUUGUGGAUGCCAAGCCUGAUCGAUCCACCAUCCUGUCAAUGAUCAGUAAGAAAAAGAAAAAUGGAACAGAGAAGUCAAACCAAUCUGUGCAUGAUCAUAAGCGAGUAGUUGUGCCCAAAUUCCAAUAUAAUAUGAAUUACAAGAAGAUUGGCAAAUGCAUCAUAAUAAAUAACAAGCAAUUUGAUGUUAAAACGGGUAUGGGCACAAGGAAUGGCACAGAUAAAGAUGCUGAAGGACUAUACAAAUGUUUCAAAAACUUAGGCUUUGAUGUGAUAGUCUAUAACAACCGCUCCUGUGUCGACAUGCAGAACCUGCUCAAACAAGUUUCUCAAGAGGAUCAUACUGAUUCAGCCUGCUUUGCCUGUAUCCUGCUGAGCCAUGGAGAAGAAGAUCUAAUUUAUGGGACAGAUGGAGUGACCCCAAUAAAAGAUCUGACGGUCCACUUCAGGGGAGAUAAAUGCAGGAGCCUCUUAGGGAAGCCCAAAUUAUUUUUCAUUCAGGCUUGCCGAGGUUCUGAGUUUGAUGAUGGAAUCCAGACAGACUCCGGACCCAUAAAUGAUACAAAUGCUAAUCCUGGAUGCAAGAUACCAGUUGAAGCUGAUUUUCUCUUUGCCUAUUCCACAGUUCCAGGCUAUUAUUCAUGGAGGAAUCCAGGAAAGGGCUCUUGGUUUGUGCAGGCCCUCUGCUCCGUACUAAAUGAGGAUGGGAAAAGCCUGGAAAUCAUGCAGAUCCUCACCCGAGUGAACUACAGAGUGGCCAUGGACUUUGAAUCUCAGUCCGACAACCCAUCUUUCAAUGAGAAGAAACAGAUUCCAUGCAUGGUCUCCAUGCUCACCAAAGAACUCUACUUUUGACAACAUACUCAACCACAGCAACGAUUUUUCAAUCAGGAACUAUUGAUCUUUCUCAUUAAACAAACAAAAAAACCCUCUCUAAUUUGUUUUGAUGUUGCAACUUAUGAUCUUAAAUCUUCUCAAUUCAGCAGAACACACUUCAAGUGUUUCUUGGUGCUUUUAAGAAUUUUCAAAGGGUCUAUAAUUUUUUAAUUAUAGUUUUGUUUCAUGACUUUGUAAUUAUCUCAAGAUUCAGAGAUAAGGAGCAAAGGGUUUGUUGAUGAUUUCUUUUGAAUCUUUAUGGAAUGUUGCGCAAACAACAAAAGUGACCUCUCCGUUGGCUGCUCAGGGUGUACCUCUUGAUUGUAAUAGAUCUGGGAAAAAAUACACAUCUACAUCAUCAAAUAAAGUUGCUGCUGUCAGUCUUGGAAAAAA